CAAAAGAUAUAGGAUACGUCGAUAACAUUCGAUUUCCCCGUGUCAUGUUGGAAAAGACUAUGAGUCAAUACGUUUAUGUUCGGGGAAAAUGCUAUUUACUAUGCUGUAUAAUAUGUUAUUAUGUUAUUAUUGUAAUUAUGUAUUGUUUUGUAUUAUUGCUUCAUUCUACUGUUAUUCUGUUGACCUUAAUUGAAAUGCCUUCUGCCUUCUAACGUUUUGUGUGUUCAUUGAAAUCGAAAGAGGUCGCUUCUUUGCAUUUACAUAUUCAAACGAUAUGGUAAGCUAGAGGUGCGCGAUUUUUAUGCGUCAAAUACUUGCGCGGUCUCUUAAGCGAGUGACUUUAUGUGUGUUAGUCCUAAGUAUUAACAAUAGUAUAAAAUGAAAAAUGUCUGCUGAGAACACAGUAUCAAAGAAACACGAUUCUUGGGCAAAAUUAAGUGAAGAAUGCGAAUAUUUUCAGUCUAAUAAUGCAUAUGAUGCGAAUGAUAAGCAACGCAAUCUAUCUUUUAAGUUUCUUGAUGACGCCAAUGAAGAGAAGUUUGAGCGCCAUAUUCAAGAGGACAAACUAAAAAUUCCGUUUAAAAGACGCCGCCCACGUGAAGAUCGCUCCAGUAGCCCGAACAGUCCAAACAGUGACAGCAAUGGUAGUUGUAACGAAAGACAUCAUCUAAGAUCAGAGAAACGUUCACGUCGUAACAGUUGCGCAGAAACUAAGACCGAAACCGAUACUGCGAUUUUGUCCAGACGUCAAAAACAAAUUGAUUAUGGCAAAAAUACAGAAGCUUAUGAACGUUAUAUUCAACUUGUACCCAGAUUGGAACGCACGCGCGAUCAUCCUAAAACACCGGACAAAUAUGGAAAAUAUAGUCGCCGAGCUUUCGAUGGUUUAGUAAAGAUAUGGCGUAAGCAAUUACAUUUUUAUGAUCCACCAAAUGCUCAAGGUACAAAUGACGACAGCAACAGCGAUUCAGAUUCUGAUUGAAAGUUAGCUAAAGUUGAUUGCAAAAAUAACUUUACAAGAUAAAUUUUCAUAUUAUAGUUAGAAAAUAAAAAUAAAAGUGUACAAAUUA